AUGGCUCCCGUUACAGGAAUUGCCUGCUCGCACGCAGUGUCGCUACGUCUGGGCUCGUCCGCAGCCGCCUCCUCGUCGUCGUCUUUCUGCACAGGCGAGCCUCGUCAAACCGCUCGCAUCGCGUCACGUAGAAACCGAGGGAAUGGCGCCGCUAGGAAAGGUCGUCUGGUGGCCAUGGCUGGUAGACAAGAUGACUCAGGAAGCAAUAAGGAUGUGGCGGGUGCGGGGAUGACGUGGGUGAGCCCUGAUUGGCUGACGUCAUUGUUCGAGAAGCUGCGCGGCCCGGACGACUCGGGCAUUCCCGUGGCGGACGCGAAGCUGGACGACGUGAAGGACCUGCUGGGCGGCGCGCUCUUCCUGCCGCUCUUCAAGUGGAUGCUCGAGUCCGGCCCCGUCUAUCGUGAUAUGCCUCGAGUCCGGCCCCGUCUACCGGUGAGUCAUAUGCUCGAGUCCGGCCCCGUCUACCGGCUGGCGGCGGGGCCGCGCAACUUCGUGAUAAUCGGCGAGCCGGAGGCGGCGAAGCACGUGCUGCGGGGGUACGGGUCGAUAUACGCCAAGGGGCUCGUGGCGGAGGUGGCGGAGUUCCUCUUCGGCUCGGGCUUCGCCAUCGCCGAAGGCGACCUCUGGACCGUACGUGCUCUCUACGCGCUCUCUACGCGCUCUGCCAUAUUCCGCACCCCCGCUGCCGCAUUUUGCACCCCACGCUCGCUGCCUCCUUCGCGCUCUCCUUCCGUUGCGCCGCGCGGCGGCGCGCAGUGGGGGCCGUCGCUGCACCGGCGGUAUCUGGAGACGAUGGUGGCGACGGUGUUCGCCAGCAGCACGCAGCACCUGGUCGACAAGCUGCGCGGCAGCGCGGCGCGCGGCGAGGAGGUGAACAUGGAGGCGAUGUUCUCUCAGCUGACGCUGGACGUGAUCGGACUGGCCGUGUUCAACUUCCAGUUCGACUCGCUCUCCACCGACUCCCCGCUCAUCCAGGCCGUCUACACCGCGCUCAAGGAAACCGAGUCGCGCUCCACCGACAUCCUCCCCUACUGGCAGGUGCGCGCGCGCAUUGCGGUACAGACAGGUGAGGCGGUUGGCGGUUGGUGCUGUGAACCCGAAGUGCCACUGCUGUGCGCGAUAGUGCCGCGGCAGCGCAAGGCGGCGGAGGCGGUGAGGGUGAUCCGCGAGACAGUGGAGGAGCUGGUGGCGCAGUGCAAGCGCAUGGUGGAGGCGGAGAACGAGCGGCGGGGGGACGACGAGGAGUACGUCAACGAGAGCGACCCCUCCAUCCUGCGCUUCCUCCUCGCCUCAAGGGAAGAGGUGUCGAGCGUGCAGCUACGGGACGACCUGCUGUCCAUGCUGGUGGCGGGCCAUGAGACCACGGGCUCCGUGCUCACCUGGACCCACCCAGAGAAGAUGGCCAAGGCACAGGAGGAGGCGGAGAGGGUUCUCGCUGGGAAGAGCCAUCCGAGCCUGGCGGACACGAGGGAGCUCAAGUACCUCACGCGCUGCAUCAACGAGUCCAUGCGCCUCUACCCCCACCCCCCGGUCAGUGCUAUCUAUGUGAUUGGGGCUUCUCGGUCUGUGCAUUGCGAGGAGGCACAACGCAAGCACCUCUACGCUGCACUGCACCACCCAACGGCUCCUUGCACCACUCUGCACUCCUUCACACCCGCCCUCCUGGUCACUGCAUACAAUAUUCUGAUCCGGAGGGCGGUGGUGGCUGAUGUGCUACCGGGGGGGUACAAGGUGCAGCCGGGGCAGGACAUGAUGAUCUCCGUCUACAACAUCCACCACUCGCCGCAGGUGCCUACGUGCACACAUGCCUCUCUCUCACUCCCUCUUCAUCCAACCCCUUUCAUCUCUGCACCCUGGCCUCAUUCCCUUCACCUGCAAUCGCAUUCCCUGAUCCCAUUUGAGGUGUGGGAGCGCGCGGAUGAGUUCAUGCCGGAGCGGUUUGACCUCGAUGCGCCCGUUGCCCAACGAGGUCAACACCGACUACAGGUGCGCGCACUGCACCGCUGUGUCACCCAAUCUCACUCAAUGCAACUGCUUAGCCCGCACCUGCUCGUUCUUUGCCAGCUUCUGAGUGAUCCCAUUAGGUACAUUCCGUUCAGCGGCGGCCCGCGCAAGUGCAUAGGGGACCAGUUUGCGAUGCUGGAGGCCAUCUGUGCACUGUCGGUGCUCGUCCGCGAGUUUGACUUCGCGCUCGUGCCCAACCAGGACAUCAGCAUGACCACCGGCGCCACCAUCCAUACCAAGAACAAUCUGUUCGUAACGCGAGCCCCCCUCGUCAUGGCGGGUGAACGAGAGGGCGUGCCGUCGGAUUUGGAGCAGCGGCUGCAGCGCGCGUGGAUGCACGUGCAGCUCAAGACGUGCCGCAUCGUGCAAGAUCAUCCGUGCGGCGGCCACCAAGGAGCGCACACGCACUCGCACGGCGGCAACACGCGCGGCGGCGGUCAGCAGCAGCCGUCGCUACCGCCGCCGCAACGCACGGCGCGGGAUCUGACGGCGACGCUGCAGCAGCUGUGGGGCAACACGCAGGAGCCGCUCGUUCCGCCCUCCGACCCCCGCCAACCCGCCCCGCAGCCGCGCCCUCCGCCGCAGCCGAUUUCUUAUCCCUGCUCCCUUCCGCCCGCCACCUCUGGCGCCUCGUCGCAGGGCAAUCGCACAACGUCGCCUGGGCCGUCCGCUAGCUCGUCCUCGUCGCACUCCAAUGGCCUUACGCCACUUCAGCAACCGCAGGCGGCGGCCGUGCCGCUAAACUCCGCGGGCCAGCCCUGCCAGCAGCUCUCCCCCUCCCCCUCCACCUCCGGCGGCCAGCCCAGCCCCGGCGGCUCCCCCGCACCGUGCCCCUUCGUGCCGGGGCAGGCGGGCGGCGGCGGCGUGUGGCCGCGGCACGGGCCGAACUCGGUGGCGGAGCAGUUGCGCGAGCUGAGCGCGGCGGAGUGGAUGGCGCGCGUGCAGCAGGUGGAGCCGGUGGCGCUGGGCGCGGAGUACAUGGAGGCGGACUUCUUCCGCGGACUGGACGAGCUCACCUUCGCCUUCGACGAGAUGGAGUCGCUGCUCCCCCACGAUCUCAACCCCGCCUUCCUCUCCGCUCCUCCGGGCGCCUUUCACGGCGCAUCAGGGGACGCAGGCAUGGGCAUGGGCGCGGGCAUGGGCGAGGAGGAGCUGCUGGGGAUGGCGGUGGACCGAAUGGUGCCCGCCCCCCAAGGCAUGGCGCCCGCGCAUCCCCCCACCAGUUGCGCCAGGGAUGGCUGGCAGUGCGCGGGGCAGCAGGGCGGGGGAGUUGAGGGGACGGGGAGUGCGAGGUCGGGGGAGAGCCAGGGGCGCGCGGAUAGCCAAGGGCGCGCGGAGGAACUGAUGGCGCAGAUGCAGCGGGCUGCGCUCAACAGCCCGGGCGGCUCCCAGGAGGGGUGGCAGCAGGGGGGGCAGCAGCAAGGGCAACAGCAGGGGCAGCAGCAGGGACAGGCGAUGCAGCAGUCGCAGCAUGGGGUGCAGGCGGCGGCAGGAGGAGGAGGAGCAGGCAGCAGCAGUGGCGGCACGGGCACGGGGCGGUCGGCGGUGAUUCAGAUGCUGCUGGACAUCGCCAAGGCCAUUGUGUCCGGCGACCACCACCGCGUGAGUGGUAGGCGAACGGUAGAGGGUGAGAAGGGGGGAGCAGGAGAAGGUGAGGGGGGAGAAGGUACAGGUGCGGUGCACGUGUUGGUGGAGCGCCUGACAGCGGUGGCGUCGGUGUACGGGGACGCCACACAGCGUGUGUCCGCCUACUUCCUCGAGGGGCUGCUCGCCCGCGCCUCCGGCACGGCGCCCACGGGCGCCGGCUGCCCCGGCAGUGACGGCGCGGGGGCAGCAGGCUCGCUGGGCAUCUACCGCUCCAUUGACUGCGAUGCCCCGCUGCUGCGCGCCUUUGAGGUGCUGGUGAGUGCGUCACCGUACCUGACGUUUGGGCACGUGGCAUGCAACAGCGCCAUACUGGAGGCGAUACAGGGAGCGCGCAAGGUGCACAUAGUGGACUUCGGGCUGGGUCACGCCGUGCAGUGGCCGCCACUCAUCCAGGCACUGGCAGUGCUGCCGGGGGGCCCACCGCACCUGCGCAUAACGGGCAUCGACCGCCCCUUUGUGGCCGGCAUCCACAAGGGCUACUGUCUCCGCCAGGCCGGCCAGCGCCUAAGGAAAGUGGCGCAGAGCUGGGGGGUGCCAUUCACGUUUAACUUCAUCCCCAUAAACCUGCCGGACCUGCAGCCAUCCAUGGUGCGCUGCGAGGCGGACGAGGUGCUCGUGGUGAACUGUGCGCUGCGCCUGCACAACCUCAUGGACGAGUCCGUCACGCCCUCCAACCCGCGCGCCGCCGUGCUGCGCACCAUGCGCGCGCUGGCGCCCGCGGUGACGACGCUGGUGGAGCAGAACACAAACCACAACUCGCCCUUCUUCCUCAGCCGCUUCCUCGAGGCGCUGCACUACUACGCAUCCAUCUUCGACGCCCUCGACGCGUCCGUGCCCGCGGACUCGACGGAGCGGCGGCUGUUUGAGCAGCGCGUGCUGGGGCGCGCCAUCGUGAACGUGGUGGCGUGUGAGGGGCAGGACCGCACAGAGCGCCAGGAGCCGCUGGGGCAGUGGGAGCGCCGCGUGCACCGCGCCGGGUUCGUGGGGUACCCGCUCAGCCGUGAGGUGGUGGCCACCGCCACCGCCCUGCUCUCCACGUGCGUGUGCUGGGCUUGGCUGAUCCAUGCGUGUCCGCUUGUGAUGCCACUGUUCUGUCCUGUAGUGCUCUCUCUUCUUCCUCUGCUGAGCUGCUGCCUUCCGCUCCCCCAUGGCAGGUACAAGGGCCCGUACUCGCUGUCGUCAGAACAACCCAACAGCCUCACUCUCAACUGGAAGGACCAACCACUGCUUGCCAUGUCAGCGUGGCGGCCCAAUAGCUAA